AUGAGCUCAAAGAAACCGAUGAAACUCGUUCUAUCUCCAGCUAAAAAAAGUAAGCAAGAAGUGAAAUGUAUUAUACACAACAACAAUUACAAGAAAAAAACUAAGUUAAGAGCAUUCACAGAAAAAUCAGCCGAAAAAGUGAAAAUAGCAAGUGAAAUUCGAAAUGAUGAAAAUGUCACUGAUUUAGUGAGCGGCGAUCUUUCCAAUUUGAAAUUUCAUCAGAAAUGUUUAGAUGCGUAUGUCCACCCAAAAACAUUAGCUACCAUACAAAAGAAAAAAGAAAAAGCUGAAGCAAGCGACGAUGAAACGGGAGAUGUUAACGACAUAGAAGAACAACAACCAACUUCAACUAUCCGAAUGUCACAGAGAAAGAGAGGCAGAACAGGUCAAUCACUUGCCAAGCAAGAUGAGUGCUGUAUAUGCCAAAAAAGAAAAACGAGUACAACAGGUAGUGGCUACGAAAAACUCAGCAAGUGUAUAACGGAAAGUUCUGCUCUCACGCUACAGACUGCAGCCCUACAAAAUGGGCCCGUUAAAACACCUUCUGCAAUCACUCAAGUAGACAAAGAGGCAUUGCAGCAUACUUUCGACUUUGUUGAGCUACAUGCUCUAAAUAAAUGCGAAGUGCUACUACUGAAGGAUUUGGUUGACAUUUAUAACAAGCAUUCCGUAAAGGGCGGUAUCACCGAUCGAACUAUGUUGAAAUAUGUUACGGAACAAUUCACCGAUGAUAUCGGAGUUUGGCAACCUCGGUAUGGAGGGACAUUUAUUUUUUCUGAAAAAAUACCUAAGGGGCUUAUAAUUGAUGUACGGCGACGGAAUCUUAUUGAUCGUGAAAGCCAAAAGCAACGUGAUACUGACAUUGAAAUUAUCAAAAUAGCAGCUGAAAUAAUAAGAGAAGAGAUCAGAAACAUGCCGUUCACAUAUCCUAUUUGGCCACCGACAGAAAGAAGCAUACUAUCCGAAAGUACUAUCAUUCCACCAAAGUUAAAUCAAUUAAUUACAUCUAUUGUGAGCUCGAUACCUCAACUUUACAAACGGAAACAGACAACUAUAACUUCGAUAUGUCAGGACAUUAUAUAUAGCGCUUCAAAUACUAAGCACAAAACUUCAAAACAUGUAUUAUUAUCGCUUUGUACAAAAAGAAAAACGGGCUCGAAAGAUUUGGUUAAAUGGUUGAACAGAUUUGGACAUUGCAUAUCAUAUGACGAAACUGCAUACCUGGAAACAUUUUUAGCCAACGAAGAAAUAAAAAAUCAAAUGGUGAAGUUUUAUGUACCCUACUCCGUACAACCAUCAUCAUUCAUAACAUUUGUUUGGGAUAACAAUGAUAUAAACCCGGAAACUUUAAGUGGAACGUCGAUGCAUUGUACCAAUGGCAUAAUAGUUCAAUUGAGAAGAGAUGAUAUGGUUGAUUUUGAUAGCGAACGCAUAAAUUACGCAAAGCCACCAAGAAGAAGAUCGUUCAAAUAUAUACCUGAUCAGCUGGAAGAGUACACUACCAAGAAAAGAUUCAACCCUAUUUCAAUGAAAAAUGUUCGUCUUGACUCUAUCGAAGAUCAUUUAUCAACUUCCGCUUGUAUCGAGUCCAUAUGGGCCUUGUUACGCUUUCAAGCGAAACAAAAUAAUGUUCCACAGUCAAUACCUGCAUGGACCAGCUUCAACUAUUUGCUUGAUGGUGAAGUCACACAUCAAACUCAUGAAAUAUCGUAUUUACCAGCGAUUAAUGAUUCUCCUACUAAGAUGGAUGUAGUUAUGGAGCUUCUGGUUCAAUCGAAAGUAAAAGCUGAAGCAUUAGGAUUGCUAGAAACAGACGUUGUUCUAGAUCAAGCUAUAUAUGCUAAAGCCGUAGAAAUUCUUCAAGAUCCUGCCAAUGUGGAGCUAAAAACUUUCAUUUCACUGAGGAUGGGAGCAUUUCACACUUCGUGUAUUUUCAUAGCUGUAAUUGGUAAGCGGUUCGCCGAUGGUGGUUUGCGUGACUUGAUUAUUGAAUCUAACAUAUUGGGUACACGUUCUGUGGAGAGAACUUUGAAUGGAAAGCAUUACAACCAUGCCAUAUGCACGUUGAAGUACGUUUAUGAAGCGCUUUAUCGCUUAAAAAUUGAACAUUUUGAACACUGGUUAGUACAGCAUGGUAAAAAUCUCAAUGACUACAUUUUAACGGAGGAGUUCCAAACUUGCUUAAAAGAGGUUUCAUUUCAAUCUUUCCAAGAUGUGACUGGCCUUGAAGGUCUGUUUGAACUGAUGGAAAAGUACGAACGUGAUAUUAAACAAGCAGGUAAAACAGCAUUGUAUUGGUUGUCUUUCAUGGAGAUGAUGGACGUGUUGUUUGGAUUUAUACGAGGUUUAAAAAUUGGUAACUGGGAAUUGCACCUAGACGCAACACGCCAAAUGCUGCCAUGGUUUUUUGCAUACGACCGUCCCAAUUAUUCCCGCUAUUGUACAUUCUAUGUCAUGGAGAUGCUGCGCUUGCCAGAAACACAUCCCGGAAUAUGUGAGGAAUUCACUAACGGAAAUUUUGCGGUUAGAAGAUCUCCUGGAAAAUUCAAUAAAGUUCCCAGUGACCAAUGCAUAGAGCAAACCAUUAACAGAGAACAAAAAUGUCAUGGUGGAAUAACUGGAUACAGCACUUCUCCUGGGACUAUACAAAGAUGGGUAUUUACUAGCCACACUAUUGCAAAAUGUAUAAGUAUCCUCGAAGACAUGCUGACAAUCAAACAAAAAAUGUCACAUCCCAAAGAAUUAGGUAAAUCCAGAAUGGAAUUCGACGAAGCUUCUGUUCAGAGAUGCUACGACACUUUGGUCUCUUGGGGAAGCCCAUUUAACAGCCGAGACAGCCUUGUUCAAAUUUGUUCUGGUGUGGAAGCUACCACAGUCGUCGAGAAAAACUUACUGGAAGCCCAUUCUGUUGGAAAAAAAGAGAUGGAAGAAUUUGUUGAAAAAAGAAUCAAGUCAAAUGAAAUUUCCUUCUAUGAUCGAAUUAAAAAAAACCAUCUCAAAACGUUUAAGGAUGUCGCAGUGAAGAAGGUGUGUAAGGUAAAAGAGAAGAACAUUACGAUCGCUGCAGAACGAAGUGUGUUUGCAAAGUUGUUAAUCAUUGCACAAAACCGCAAUAAUAUUUCGAUGAAGGAAGUCUUGAGUUACCCUUUGAGUCCAAUUCCUUGGGCUCUUGCUCUUCCAGAUGGGGGGCUUGUGAAAACAGUCAAGUCUAAGUUGUUGGCGAAAAUAGAAGAGGGUAUUGACCCAGAAGAAUCCUUACCCACGAAUUGUUGUACGAUUUUUGAUGGAAUGGUUUUGCUGCAGCAAUUGGAUGGUAUUCCACUCCUCACAUUCGGGGAUAUAUCAGAGUUUCUUUUAAAGAGAAUCUUGCGGUGUAAGUCUCAAAUCAUCUACUUCGUUACUGACCAGUACUUCCAGAAUUCUGUGAAAGGCUAUGAGAGAAGCAGACGUACCGCAGAUGGAACACUCCGAGUACGCAUCGAACGAAGAGAUCAAAAGAAGCCAUCUCAGUUGAAGAAGUACAUGCGCAACGACGAAAACAAAAAAGAAAUCACUCAGUUUUUAUUAAACGACUGGUCCAAUGAAAGUCGAUUUGUAGGUCUACUAGAUCGUCGUGAAAUUUACUUCAAUUGUUUGUCAAAAUUUUUCAAAAUAUAUGUCUUCAACGGUCGUGUAUGUUGUGAAGAAGAAUCGUCCUUAGAAAACCACCAAGAAGAGGCAGACACCAAGGUAUUUCUCUGUUGCAACCACGCAAGCGUGACUGGCGUUGAUAAUGCAUGCAUCGUAACCGUGGACAGUGACAUUGUCAUAUAUGCUGUACAUUUUGAAAAUAAAAUUGGAAUCAACAUUUAUCUACAGAUCGGUUCGGGUGGACGGAAACGAAUCUUAAGUGUGACCAAAAUUCGAGAUGCUGUUGGUCCCGCAAUUGCAGAGGCUCUUCCAGCUUUCCAUGCUUUUACAGGUAAUGACUUCACAAGUGCAUUUCACGGCAUAGGGAAAGUGAAGCCAUACAACUUAUUGAAAGCUAACGAAAUAUUUCAAAAUGUGUUUGCCAAGCUAGGUAAAUCUGCGACAUUUGAUGUUGACCUCUUUCCACACAUUGAGCAAUUUGUUUGCAAAUUAUAUGGAGUCAGUGCAACUAACACAGAUGACGCACGCUACAAAAAGUUCUGUUCGUGUAAACCUACACCUGAGCCGCAACAGCUUCCUCCAACUCGAGAUGCACUACUAAAUCAUUGUAAAAGAGUUUCAUAUAUCACAGCGAUAGUUCGAAAUUCUUUGGUUGCAAAUCCAAACCUACCAAGCCCAAAUGGACAUGGAUGGAAUGUCAACGGUGAGAAACUAGAGAUCAUUUGGCUAUUAAGACGACCUGCACAAGAUGCUCUAUUGGAAAUGGUUUCUUGCUCUUGCCGUAAGUCAUCAUCUUACGCCAAAGAAACUUGUGUUUGUAGCUCGUACGAUUUGCCUUGCACAGAUUUAUGCUCCUGUAACUGUGUUGAUCAAGGAUCAGACAACGACGAGAUAAUUCUCGAAAAUGAUGUUGAAGUCGAUAGUUCUGAUGACGAAAGUGAGGAUGACACAGAAGAUGAAGAAACUUUAUUUUCAGAUUAA